AUGGCUAAGGCGUCUUGCUCUCCUCUGGUGGGCUGGAAUAAGUCGCUAGCACUCGGUCUACUCAUCGUCAUAUGGGUAAUGUGGAGUCUGGGCUCCUCUGACGCGAACACUGUGAUCUCGCGGCUCCCUUCUCUCCCUGUGGGCGGUAUCUCGUCAUCAUCGUCAGACCCAAGUUCGCGACCUCUGGUCUUGUACACAUAUGCAGAAUCAGAUAAUGCGCGGGAGAACCUGGCCUUUUUCGUCAAGAAUGGUUUGCAUGGUAAGGCCGACUUCGUCUUCAUUUUCAACGGCGAGACAAGCGCGGUGGACUUGCUGCCCCAGGCGCCAAACAUUCGGAUAAUCAACCGAGACAACAAAUGUUUUGAUAUCGGUGCCAUGGGCGAAGUUUUGCGCCAGGACGAUUUAUGGAAGGGGUACAAGCGAUUUAUUACCAUGAACGCGAGCAUUCGCGGGCCCUUCUUCCCGGUGCAUUCCGCCAGUUGCUGGACCGAUACUUUCCUCAACCGCAUCACAGAUAAGGUCAAGCUUGUGGGCACAUCACUCAACUGCCAUCCGCGGGUGCAUCUGCAGUCAAUGCUCCUUGCGACCGACGAUGUCGGCCUGUCCAUUCUCCUCGACCCGACACUCGCGCUGAGCGCAUCUGUGGAUGACUUCUAUGGCAGCUCGGAGGACCCGGUGGGCUUCUCCCCAUGCUUCAGCACCCUGCACAAGGCGGUCCAUGCCGAGAUCGGUAUCACGUCUCUCAUACACUCUCAAGGAUACGAAGUCGAUGUCGUCAUGACGGCGCCGCAUUCGGCCUCGGACUUCGAGACCUUUUGUAACAAUGUUGGCAGGCCGGACGACUUUCUGUACAAAGACAGCUACGUCGGCACUAACGUACAUCCUUACGAAACAGUCUUUAUGAAAGCGAAUCGCGAGAUCGACCCUGUACUGCUGGAGAGGCUUACCGAAUGGCACUUGGCUGGCAACAUGACAAGCUGGGAGAUCUGUGGGCGGUGAGCCACGUGAGAGGAGAACGAGACCAGACCAAGGAACGGCACUGCGCCUCUGUAGUUGGAACAGACGUGGGCUGACAGACAUGGCCUGAGAAUGGGCCGUGUUUUUGACAGCAGUAUGAAAUGCACUGCUUCCUAUAUAUCUUACCAGCGGUAAAGAGUCCGGAGAUUCUCUACACCUCACUUGAACCGAUACAGCAGGGCAAGCGCAUCAGCCGCGCCAGGUCGCAGCUUAGAAUGAGCCUCACUACCUAAUUCGCUCUCAAAGGCUUCCGAGAUCCAGUCAAGAUAACUCAGCACCAGCGAUCAAUAUUUGAUUGAGUUAUGGGGGAAGAAUGCAAAUUUUGCUGUUCGAUCGCCGGGCUCUCUAGGAUUUCGGGCUUUUUUCGAAGCAAAGUUCACACCGAUGAAGUUCUACGGAAGCCAGUGGAAGCUGGGAAACAGGAAUGAGCACAAGAAUUCACAGUGCGGCACUUAACUGGUUUCGCUUCUAUUCCGCAUACGUCCGAGGACAUACAUGGUGCCUUCAUACGGUGAUAUGAGAGUAAAGCUAAACACAGGCAAGCACGAAUCUAUCGCUAAACUGCGAGAUUACUCGAUAGAUAGGCAUAAAGAUGUGUACCUAGGUACUAGUAGGGAUAACGAGAAAGGUUGCUAUUGUUUCAGAGA